CCCCCCCCCCAAAAGGGACUCCUGGCUUUUUAACACGGAGCCAUCUCAGGUCAGUGCUGCUGUGAUGCGGCGGGAUAUUCCCACAAUGCACCGGGGGAAGCUUUCCCGGCGCUGCUGCUGCAGAGCCAGGCAGCGCGUCCUCCUCGCUGCUGCCCCACCCCCGCCCGAGUGGCGGCCGGCCAGGGCCCCCCAGCGCCCCCCUGGCUCGCUGCCCCUGAGCAGGGCCAUGGCGGAGCAGGAGCGGGGCCAGGGCUGCCCGGGGGCUGGCGGGGGGCACCAGGCCCGCGCCCAGGGGGGCGCCACCGAGAGCGAGAUCCAGAAGGCCGUGGAGUUCAAGGUGGACGGGAACCGCUGCUACAAGGAGAAGAAGUUCCGGGAGGCCAUCGGGAAAUACCACCGGGCCCUGCUGCAGCUCAAGGGGCUGCAGGGCCGGGCCGGGGCGGCCAGCCCGGAGCAGAGCCCGCUGGACCCGCCGCGCUGCCCACUCACCGAGGAGCAGCUGCGGCUGGUGGAGAGCACCGAGGUGGAGUGUUACGACAGCUUGACGGCCUGCCUGCUGCAGUCGGAGCUGGUGAAUUACGAGCGGGUGCGCGAAUACUGCCUGAAAGUGCUGGAGAAACAGCGCAGCAACUUCAAAGCCACGUACCGGGCGGGCAUCGCCUGCUACCACCUCGGGGACUACGCCCGCGCCCUCCUCUACCUGCAGGAGGCCAAGAGCCGGGAGCCCGCAGACACCAACGUGCUGCGCUACAUCCAGCUGACGGAGCUGAAGAUGCUGCGGGGGGCCCAGCGGGCCGGCUACCAGGAGCUGAUGGCGUAGGGCCCGGGCUCCCCCACACCGGGCCCCGCCCCCCCCCCCCCCCCGGGCAGACGCUCUGUCCCCUGCUCUCUCCUUUCAGCCUGUUUCCUUCCCCCUCCGCGGUGGCGGCUGGGGGGACCCUGGGGGGGUGAGUCCUCCAUGCCCCGGCCCCCACGGACCUGCCCAGUUCUAGCCCCCACAAUGGGGGGCAGGGGGGCUUCCUGACCCCGCUGCUGGAGUGACCCCCCCAGGCCCAUGGCAGCAGCCUGCGGGCUGCUCCAGCCAGCGGCGGGGGGGGGCAGGUUCUCUCACCCCCCCAAGUCUGGUGCAGGGAUAAAUUGACCCCAUAGCAUCAGGCAAACUGUCCCCCGGGGUGUGGGGGUGUCUGUGGGAUGGGGGGACACCCCCCAGAACACACAGGCAGCCUGCCUGGCCCCCAGCCCCACGGUGGAGUUCGGUGGGGUGGGACCCCCCUUCCCCCAGGGUUACCAUGGCAUCAGGAGGAGUGAGGGGAGGGGGGGCGUCUGCAGGUCCAGGGCCCCCACAGGGCCCAACUCCCCCUGCCCCGGUUAACCCCAAGGGGCCUGGGGCUCGGCAUCCCCCCCAGACCUCCGGGUACCCAUGGGGGUGGGGCUGGCACGGAGCCCCUCCUGUCACCCCCACAUGCCCCCCAAUGCAGGGGGCAGAACCCACAGAGCGGCUGUGUGCCCCCUGCCAGCUGCUGCCCCCCUCCAUGGGGCUGAGGGCACCCCCCAUUUCACAGCAUGUCGUGGGGGCCCUGGGCUCGCUGCCCUCCAUGCCAGGGCUGCAGCCUGCUCCCAACACGGGCUGCGGGGGAUCCCAGGGCCCAGCCCGAGGGGGGGGCUACACCCCCACCCCCAGCUGGGCCCUGCAGGGGGGAGGCACUGAGGUGGGGCCUGUGGCUGGGGGAGCCUGGGCUCUGGCACCAGGGAGGCUGCUCUGAUUUCUUGUGGACGGUUUCUUUACCUGUCCCCCAAGGUAGAUGCUAUA